AUGAUCGAUGAAUCGGCCCUCAGAAAAGCUGAAGGCCAUGUGGAACAAUCUUCGCAAAGCCAGCGUGACCACCUCGACCGUCUUCAAAUGUUGCGGCGAGAGCAUGACAUUCCAGCGGCCCUCGGAAACCGCGCUGAAAGCGUCGGGCAUAAAUGCGCAGCAAUGUUGCCUAAAUUUGCUUUGAGAGUGCCAGUCGAUGGUCGCAAGGAUAUGCUUGAGAAGUUCACGAGCUCUUACUUCUCGUUUUGCGCCGAUCUAGGCGUGGAAAUCGGGAUCGGAGAGUUCACUGUUGAAAACUUGCAGUCUCUCUUGCCCCACUGGCUUAUCGGUAGCAAUCUUGAAAGCGAUGUCCCUGCAGAAGCAACUUGUUUGGAUGCCAAGGAUAAGGGCACACCAGCCGUCUUACCAGCGUCAAUGGAAUUAGAGCCUGACGUAGCUUUCCUGGAUGUUUCUGAGGCCCGCUCUGUCGUCCCACCUGCACGGCCACCUCCGCAAGAGUCUGAUGGAGCUUGCCUGGAUGUUUGUGAGGCCCGCUCUGCCGUCCCACCUGAACUGCCACCGCCGCAAAAUGGCGAUAAGUUUUUGCCUAAUGCGUUGAUUGUUAUUCGUUUCUGCAUUCGGUUGAAGAGGGUGAUGCCAGUCAUUCGCGCUGUGUGGGACGAGCGCCGCUAUUUGUAUGGCAUUGAUAGCGUGCAAGGAGAGCAUGGUGAUGGCCAUGGCCAUGGCCAAGGCAAACGCUUGCCAGAAUUGGCGGCGUAUGGCGCAGAGAAGAUCUUGCUGUCGUUGGCUUCUUCUGGUGUUGGCGCGUUGUUUGUUUCGCAUCGACACGUGCUUUCGCCUGAGCAAUGGCAAAACGUGUUGUCGGACUUUGAGCUGGGAAAGGGCCAGGCAAUCGUCCAAUUUCGAUUGAAAUUUGACUGGAGCAAUCGUCUCCCCUACAAAAUGGCAUUGCUGGCCUUUGGAGAUCAAGCGCUACAGACGAUG